UACAUAAUAUAUAUCAAAAAAAUCAUUUUAAUCAACAAAUUGCAGACCUCUAAAUAAAAAAGUAAAAAUAAGUUGCGAUCAGGUUAUGCGACCAUUUUACAUAGCCCAAGUCCCUCAAUAAGUAAGAGUUUUCGUACCACACUGGUGCAGGUAAACUGUACCUUGGAAAUACCUGGACUUUGGCGGACAAAGCAUAAAUUGGCGUUUGCCAACCGCCCUUGCAGCAGUCUUGUAUGUGAAGACCACACAGUAAGACAUGAAUAACGUUUGUCGCGUUUGCAUGAGCCCAGUAGACCUGGUUGAUAUAUUCGCGGAGGGGAAGCUGUCUGAAUGCGAACUCACCCUAGCGGAGAUGUUAAAUGAAUGUGUCACGCACCCAGUGAAACCUGACGAUAAGCUUACAAAGAAGAUUUGCGGGUCUUGUAUUUCAGACGUGAAAAUAGCUUAUAGAUUAAAGAGCAAUGCCGAAGAUAGCCAUAAGCUACUCAGUAUGAGUCUAACGGAAACAGAAGACUUUAUCGAUAUGCUAGCAGCAGAAGAUUGGGAGCUCGUCAAGGAUAUGAUUAAACAAGAUGUAGAUGAAAGCUCUAAGCUGGAGGUACCUAUAGAGAAUAUACAAGAAAAUCAAAGUAUAACUGAAAAGAAUGCAAACUCGAAAAAACCAUUAAAAUGUAAGACUUGCGGAAGAGCAUUUAGCAGAAAUACAAGCUUGAUAAGACACCAUCGUAUUCACACUGGUGAGCGUCCGUAUGAGUGUCCGAAAUGCCCGAAAUCUUUUAUCCAGGCAAGUGAUCGUAAAAGACAUGAAAUGGUUCAUACCGGCAAGCGUAUGUUCAAGUGUCCCCACUGCCCAAAGGCCUUUGCUAGAAAAUAUAAUCUAGACAUUCAUAUUAGGACGCACGCUGAUCAAAAUAUAAUUAAAAACAAAUCCAUAUCAAGGAAAUUAGUUGAGUGUAAAAUUUGCGGAAAGACUUUUAUAGGAAAUGAUUACUUAACAAGGCACAAUCUUAUUCAUACCGGCGAACGUCCUUUUAAGUGUCCGAAAUGCCCGAAGUCUUUUACCCUGGUAUCUAGUCUUAAAACACACCAAACUGUUCACAGCAGCAAGCGUAUGUUCAAUUGUCCCCACUGCCAAAAGACAUUUACGACAAAAUAUAAUCUAAACAAUCAUCUGUGGAAGCACGGGGAUCAAAAAGUAAUUGAAAAGAAACCAAAGGAGACAAAGUGCAAGACUUGUGGUAAGACAUUCAAAAGAAAUGAUCAGUUGGUAAGGCACACUCGUAUUCACACUGGUGAGCGUCCGUUUAAGUGUCCGAAAUGCCCGAAAUCGUUUACCCAGGCAUCUUCUCUUAAAACACAUCAAACUGUUCACCAAACCAAACGUAUGUUCAAGUGUUCCCACUGCCCUAAGGACUUUACUACAAAACAAAGCCUAGUCCGGCAUCAAAAAAAACACGUUUUAAAAACGAAAAAGCAUAUAAAAAAGUAAAAAUAUAAUUAAAACCAAAAGGAAUUUAACGAAGAUAUUUAAGUGUACAAUUUACGGCUGUGCAUUUUAUAGAAAAAUAUAAAAGAAAAUUUGGUAUGGCACGGUCUUACCAAUACCGGCGAACGUCCUUUUAAGUGUCAGUUAUGUUCGAAAUCUUUUACCCAGAGAUAUGCUCUCAUAUCCCAGAGAUAUGCUCCCACCAAGUUGUUGAUACUGGCAACCGUUUGUUCAAGUGUACCCACUGCUCGAAGGACUUUAAUGUGAGACAUAAUUUAGUCAGACAUCUGCGCAGACACUCUUAAAGGCAGAAACCAAAAUGUAAUUGGAUAAUAAUAAUGAAAAUUAGAGUACAAAUAAUCCCAAAAAAUAUGUAUUUAUAUAUGUAAAAUAAUUGUUGAACUACUAAUAAAUGUAUUUUCCCUAAACAGCUAA